GCAAACUGUUACGACUGGCGUGGUAAUGAUUUAGUAGCUUCAGAGAUAUUGACGAGUGCUGUUAAAUAAUUGUGUACGGUUUUAUAUGUGGAAUCGUUCGUUCUUUAGGAAUUAAUUUCAAAAUGACAACACAAACCGCCACGAUACAACAACCACAAGAAACAGUCAUAGAUAAUGAACCUAGAAGUGGCGAAGUCAAUUACGUAAGAUGUUUAACGAAUGAUCCGAAAUAUUUAGCGCCAAUACGAAAACUGGAAAUGAAGCUGGGCUUUGUGACACCAAUACGCUGGCAAAAUACAAUAUUAAUAUCGCUGUUUCAUAUUUUAGUAUCGUUUUAUCUAUUACACUUCUUAUAUAAUGGACAACGAUGUUUAAAGCAGACAUUAAUAUUAGAGAUAAUAUUUGGUCAAAUGGCAGCAUUUGGUAUUACUGCAGGUGCUCAUCGCCUUUGGACACACCGUUCAUACAAAGUGAAGACGCCAUUAAAAAUUCUGUUGUUAAUUUUCUACGCAACCGCUGGACAGAACAAACUGUAUCACUGGGUCCGUGAUCAUCGUCUCCACCAUAAGAAAUCCGAGACAUCAGCUGAUCCUCAUGAUGUUUCCCGUGGCUUCUUCUUCUCCCACGUCGGAUGGCUCAUGAUGAAGAAGCAUCCAGACGUACUGAGCGAGGGUUCGAAGAUUGAUAUGAGUGACAUAUCUGGUGAUCCUUUGUUAAAUAUAUUCGAUAGAAACUUCAACCUACUGAAGCUGCUGUUCUGUUUCUUGCUACCAGCAGUCUUGCCAGUGUUGUUGUUUGGUGAAACUUGGACCAUCUCGAUAUUAGCAGUUCUUGUGCGAUAUCUCUUAACAUUAAACUUCACUUGGUCAGUUAACAGUUUUGCUCACCUCUACGGAUUUAAACCUUAUGAUAGAAAAAUAAUGCCAGCAGAGAAUUUCGCUGUUUCCCUAGUUGCAAUGGGAGAAGGUUGGCACAAUUACCACCACACGUUCCCCUGGGAUUACAAGGCUUCUGAACUCCCGUAUUUCUUCAAUGUGAGCACACUAUUUCUGGACGCGGCAGCUUAUAUUGGUCAAGCAUAUGACAUGAAACAGGCCUCACCGGAAUUGAUUAAGGCAACUGCAGAAAAGAAUGGAGACUCCAGUUGGAAGACUUCUUAGUAAUUUUUAACAUAUAAUCUUGUUGAAGUUGAUUUAAGAAGAAGAAUUGGUAAUGCGUUGAUUAAAUGAAAAAAAAAUGUUGUUUCAGUGACCACAUUUGUCGAAAGUUGUAUACCUAAUUAAUGAUUAUCAUAUUUUAUUUUAAAUAAAUAAACUGAUAUAUU